GAAGGGACAGGAUUCGGACAAAUGAAGAGAAAGAGAAAAGUAAAAGAAACGAGAAAGUAAUAAUAAUGAUGAAAUAAUAAGAAAGAAAGAAAGAAAGAAAGAAAGAAAAAACGAGGAUGCAAUCUUUCUUGUUUCGUUUUUGUUUUUUUUCUGUAUUAUAGGAUGGACGGUCCAGCGGUGUUGUCGAUGCCACCGUUGACCGGAAGUCAAAAAUCCAGCGGACAAUCGUCGCAAUCGCAAUCACAUUCAAAGCCAAAUCAAGUAAGAAAGAAUGAUUUCGUUCUUACAUACGGUAUGCGUUAGAUGUAAUUUUAUUUGUUUGGGAGCACGUGGUACAUCUAAAACUAUAGGAGUUGCAGGUUGGUACCGUAUCGCUUUAUGGGAUUCACAUCGUUUCAUUGGUCAUCGAAGGACAGGAAAGGCUUUGCCUAGCACAAAUUAGUAAUACCUUGUUGAAGCAAUUCAGCUACAACGAAAUCCAUAAUCGUCGUGUAGCGUUGGGUAUUACGUGCGUACAAUGUACACCGGUUCAAUUAGAGAUACUGCGUCGUGCUGGUGCAAUGCCGGUGUCCUCGAGAAGAUGCGGAAUGAUAACUCGGAGGGAAGCCGAAAGGCUUUGUAAAUCUUUUCUCGGUGAUAACGCACCACCCAGAGGAAGAAAAAGUGUUGGGAUUGAUCACAGGUUACCGGAAGAUUUCGCAUUCUCUGUUCACCACGAGUGUGCCUGGGGUUGCCGUGGUGCAUUCCUGCCGGCACGUUAUAACAGUUCAAGGGCAAAGUGCAUCAAAUGCGCUUACUGCGGUCUCUUCUUUUCACCGAACAAAUUCAUCUUCCAUUCGCAUAGAAUCGGCCCGUCGGACAAAUACGUACAACCGGACGCGGCCAAUUUCAAUUCGUGGCGCAGGCAUAUGAAAUUAUCUGGUAAUCCGCCGGAUGAAGUGGUACACGCUUGGGAAGACGUUAAGGCAAUGUUCAAUGGCGGCACGAGAAAAAGAUUAUUGAGUAAUCCGAAUGCAAGGGAAUCACCUAGCCCGGCUAAACAAUCAAGAUCAUCGCCGACCAUGCCGGUUUCCACUCUCGUAUCAUCGCCGACGCAUCCAAGAGUACCACCAUUUCCGGAAUUACCAUUACCAUUGUCCAGGAGUCUCGUUAUGGAUUACGUUUGGCAUCAACAUCAACAGGCAGCUGCCGUGGCUGUAGCCAAAAGUCCGGGAUUUGCAUUUCCACCGUACGCAUUACCUUGGCUCGCCAAAAGAAGCCCGGUCCUAUUUCCAGGACCAAUGGCACCACCGAUAAGUGGUUCCAGCCCGACUGAACCUCAGCUUUUACCAACGAUGAAUCCUCCGUUACAUCAGUCCGCAUUUCGACCAGUGAUUCGUGGUCCACCGAUCGGUGAACAAGCACUCGCUUCGCUUCAAGAAACGUCUCAGGAUGGCAAUUCCAAUGGCAAAGAGGAAAACUCAGACGACGAGGUCGACAUAGAAACGACCGAGGACGAUCCAGGGACACCACUUAACGCUACCCUUCACAAUCUUCAUUCAGCUACGAAUUCUGGUAUCGCUAGUCAUUCCACUGGUAGAAAUGUAUCUCCUCAAUGUUGGAGUCCACCUCGGGAAACGGAACGAGAAGCAGAAAAAAUAGCGGAAGAAAGUGCGUCCCUGCGUGACAUCAAAGCCGAGCCAAUAGUAUCAAGAAAUCCUGAAACAUGGAACGGCGGAUCAUUUUAUCGGCACUUAAAUAUACUCAAGGGAAACGAAUCAACGGAGAGAGCUACAUCCGAUUGUUCGGCCUGUCGUCCACGUGGUAUAUUUUACGGACAGAUGCAUAGUCCAUCAGCACCGACAAAUUAAAUCGAAGCUCGAUUUAAAGAAGAAGAAGAAGAAAAAGAAGAAGAAGAAGAAGAAGAAGAAGAAGAAGAAGAAGAAGAAGAA